AAUGAAGAAAAAUCCUGAAAUCCAUUGAAGAAAGUUAUAUUAAGGAGAGGCUGGAAGGUUAAGGUUGAAGUCUCUCAUCGCCAAAGGCUUUCCUCGUGACAAUAUUCUUCAUUCCCAAGUUGAUGCAGAUUUAAAUGAUGUUCUUAAUUGUUGAGCGGCAUUGAAGAUAUUGAGCUUUAGUCUCAUAUUUUCAAAGGAGAUAUUCAUCACCCUGGUCCGGGACCGGCAAUUUAUAGAAGCAUUAGCCUUGACUAAAAGGACCGACCAAGGAUCACUGGUUUGAACACUUCUAUUUUGAAGAGCGAGUCACUUCGGUUCUCUUUCGACGCUUCAUUAGAGGAUACAAGAUCUUUUCUCCUACCCGAAAGGCCCAAAACUUCUAUCAACAGGCCUAAACUUCUAUUAACAACAAAUCUACUGAAAAACUCCAAUUUUUUUAAUUUUUAUUUUUAAUGCUAUUAGAUUUUUGAAAAAAAUCAAACUAAAAGAAAAAGAAAUACAAAUACUUAUACUAAAUACGGUAUGUUAUAGGCAAAAGAAGAUAAUGAUCUCAUCUUUUAGCAUGCAAAAGAAGAUAUUGAUCUAUCUUUUAGCAUACACCCACCGUACUUCCCAAAAAUAAAUAAAAAUAUAUAAUAUCAUUCAUCUAUUUUUAUGGACAGGAAUGUAAAAAUAUAAAAAGUCGAAAAGGAUAAAAUAGAAAAACAUUCUUAGAUUGAUACAGUAUUUAAAAGUGUAAUCAGGUCAAAUUAUGUUGUAUUAGUACUUUAGGUAUAUAAGUACGAUGCCGUUCCUCCGCUACAAUGACCAACAAUAACGAGGGCGUUGCACCAUUAACGACCUUCAGAAAGAAACCCCUCUCUAAAUUUGGAGAAGGUUUCUCCGUUUUAGCGAUGGCUGAAGGGACUUACGUGAAGCUCACCAAGGAACAAGCUCCAUUACAGAACAUCACACCUGGAGAGCUCAACCAACCCAUUGAUGUUGUACAGUUGCAUGCUCGUAGAUGCCAAGAAUGUGGGCAAACCCUACCUCCAACCUACGAACCCCCUUCUGAUGAAGAUUGGACGACAGGGAUUUUUGGUUGUCUUGAAGAUACCGACAGUUGCUGUACUGGACUGUUCUGCCCAUGUGUGUUGUUUGGAUAUAAUAUUGAAAGCUUGAAAGAGGAAAUCCCUUGGAACAACGCAUGUGUUUGUCACGCAGUAUGUGUUGAAGGUGGUAUGGCACUAGCUGCGGUAACAGCAGUUGUUCAUGGCAUUGAUCCACAUACAUCUGUUCUCAUUGGUGAGGGUUUGUUAUUUGCUUGGUGGAUGUGUGGCAUCUACAAUGGCAUGGCUCGGGAAUCAUUGCAGAGAAAAUAUCAUUUAAAGGACUCUCCCUGUGACCCGUGCAUGGUCCACUGCUGCCUGCACUGGUGCGCCUUGUGUCAGGAGCACAGGGAGAUGAAGGGACAUCUAACUGAUAGUUCUUCCACGACGACCACAAUAGUGGAUCCUCCGGCUGUUCAAGAGAUGACAGUUCAAGUGAUGAACCAGGAGUCUCUGGCACCUUCCACCGAUAAAGAUUCCGAAUCCAGUAAUUUGGAGAUUCAGCCUUUGUAGGAUCCGCCAUUUAUUCUGUACAUAAGUCAACUGAGUUUAUUCCUCUCUUUUUUCAUUUAUCUUUUUGGGUGGGUGGGUUAUACGGAACUGUUGGGCGUAUACUUGUACCAGAGUGCAAAUUUUAUUGUUUUUGAAAAAAAAAAUGUUACUCUAAUCCAAAUUGUCACAGAAUUUUAUCAGUUUGGGUC